AUGAUAUUCACGCGCGCCGUUUCCGCGACCAACUUCCUAGUAGCCAGCUCGGCACUUGGUUUCCAGGUGUUUGUGCUGUACCCGUGGCACAAGGAGCUGGAUACCGGAUUUGCCGACCUCAAGAGAGAGCAUCUGAAGGUCCUCGACGCCGUAGGGACGAGCCUGAGCGAGCAGCAGCGAAAGACAUUCCUGGAUAACUGGAACGAUUUGAAAAGUCAAAGCUCAAGAAGGUGGUGGUGGCUCUGA